GCAUGGCCUUUUAUAGUCUGCGAAUGCCCUCGUAAAUUUUGGGCCACUUGGAGGACGUAAAAAUACAAUCUGAGGGAAAUAAUUAGCUUUUAUUGCACAUGAUCCCGGAAUUUUAGAGGGCAUGCACCGUGCGUUCUCGUUUCCAGUGACUGUGGAGCGCAGUCGGACCAAGGAGCGCCUGGAGGCGAGUCUGGCGGGGCUGUGCGAGCUGGAGCUCCGCAGGCAGAGGCAGGAGUGCCUGGUGCUGGGAGCGCUGGCUCUGGGAGACCCCCUGGAGCAGGACAGCUCCAGAGGAGAGCUGGCGUGUUUCAGCAGCUGGGGACAGGAAAACUUAACGCUGAGGCGACAGCUGAGUGCUCUUCAGAGUUCCCCAUGGGGCCUAAUGCAGGCACUGGAACAGCAGGUGGGAGAGCUGAGGAUCGAAGCUGAUGACGGCUGCUGUGAUGGAGGUCAAGGAGACACUGGCGACAGUCGGCCGAGCUCUGGUUUCUAUGAGUCAAGUGAGGGACAGUCGCCAAAAGGAAAAUCUUGCACCACUGAGCCUGCAGAGACCGUCUCCCCCUGGGUUUACACCAGUGACAGGCCAAAGUCUGUGGGAGACCCCCUGAUGCUAAAUGGAGAUUUUGAUGUGCCUCCUCUACGCACCAACCUCCCCCGCUCUUUCUCUGCCCCUUACCCACCUCUGGAGGGGAUCGCUGAGGAGGUCACAGCAGCUGACUCCUGGCAGUGGGACCCCAGUGAAGCCAACUAUGCUUGGCAGCAGCAGUCUGCACAGGAUCAGAUGACAGAGGAGGGCUACCAGCAGGCUCUGAGGGUGGAGGGUUACAUCCUAGGCCUCAUCCAGCGCCAUACCCUCUCACCACGUCCAUGUCAGCCUCGCACCACCCUGAGCCCUGACCCCCCAUACUGCAGUGCCUCAGGACACAGCUCCCUACACAGGAGAACUCCUUCUCUAACCACUGAGCAACGCCUUCCUGACCCCCAUCUUCCGCCUCAUGUUGACCUUUUGGCAAACCCUAAGAGCCAGGGAUGGAGUUGUGACCCGUUAGAGGGGGAGGCCUGUGGUGGAGAGGCCCCAUCUUUGGAGGAGGACUGUUAUUUGGCUUUGCCCUACCCCCAGUCCAGGCCACACUCCCUGGCUGGGAGACUACCAUCACCUCUGCCCUCCCUGGACCCUAACUGUGGGGUUGGGGCUCUUGACCCCUCUCGUGAACCCCCUUCCCCCCAACAUUAUCUACAUCCACAACCCCCUAUUCAUCACAUGCACAAUUUAGUAAGUGCUCAGUAUAUCCCUGGACAAGCCUGUCAUGCCCCUGUACGCUCCCCAAGACACUACAACCCAGAGCAGCCUAAGCCCAGCCGAGUUGCCACCUCUCCCGACCACCCCAACUCCAAAUCCAGAACAUCUAAGAAAAGUCACAAUGAGCGACAGAAGUCUAAGAAAUCAAGCAGCAAAGCCGGUCGAUCCCAGUCAGAAAACAGCCUCCUGGGCCAGAGAGUGCUCCCUGAGAGGAGGUACAGUACCACAGAGAGGCACCAAGGCAGAGGGGACCCUGCUCAGAACCCAUGCCAGGCCACUGGACCACAGGUUGGCAACAACAGCUACAAUGGGAGCCGACGCUGGUGCUCCAACCUGGAGCUCAGCCAGGACGAGGGGGAGACCAACGCAGGCCAGGUACACAGACGACCACCUCGAAAAACUCGCCAUGGUCAUCCUUGCUCCCAUUCGCAACCCCAGAACUAUCACCAGCAGCAGCGCUGGCACCAAGACUUUCAGGAGAGAGCACCUCUCUGUCAGGGAGAGGAGGGCUACGGCGGUGCCGCCCCAGCAGAGUCUGAGUCUAGCAUGAGUGAGGUGUAUUCUCCUGCCUCCAGCUCACUGUCCAGUGACUCAGAUGAGAGUGGGGGGCUGGUGUGGCCCCAACAGUUACCACCACGUCUUGCGUCUACCUCCUCCUCAUCCUCUCCUUCACCGCAAGCCACUGCCAAUGCCCCAUCCCAACCAAAAGCCUUUGUCAAGAUCAAAGCAUCCCACGCUCUCAAAAAGAAGAUUUUAAGAUUCCGCUCAGGGUCCCUCAAAGUCAUGACAACUGUAUGAGCAAAUGAUCAAACCUGUUUGAAACCCAUAACCCAUACUAAUGUGUUGUAAAACCAUUUUCAGAAACUGUGAUUGUUACUUUUGGUCACAAAUCAUAUUUCAAACAGCAGAUCCUGUCUUUAUUUUCAGCCUACCUCUAACUACAGUAUGUUUUUAAGGAGAUGCAUUGAUAUUAAUGAGCACGAUUAAAGAUCUACUUAGAGAUUCUUUAUCUGAUGUGUCUGGCUGACAACCAGUUGACACAAGGCUAAUGGCCAUUAUCCAGUUCUAAUGGAUGAUAAUUGAUGCCAAGUCACAUUGUGUUGACAUGGACCGCAUUGAGGCUGAGUGACUGAAUACGCUGCCAGUUUUUUUCUUAAUGUCUGAUGGCCUUGUAGUUAAUUAAUCAGGGACUUAUGGUUAAUUAAUUCCUAGACUGUAGAGUUGGCCAAAUAUAAGUCCAUGCCACUGAUGUUUGAAACACUUUUAGACUGUUUUUGAUUGUGAACAAUACAUCUUGUAUUGCUACAUAUCAACAUAACAAUAUAACAAUAUUGUUAUGUUACAUACCAAUAGAAAUGAGAUCAAAUGUUUUUAUUGCAUAGACUUCUUCAAGAAUUUUGGGUUAAUUUGCUUUCUCUUUUACAAGUACAAAGUAUCCAAAUUGGUUCCCUAGAAAUUUACUUUUGAAGAACUAUGUAAUUGAGUGCUAUCAUAAAAGAGAAAUACAUUUUCUUUAAAGUAAACCCAAAUCAUUUCUCUUAAUAUCCACUGAAACAUGUAUUCCUAAAAAGUCAAAUUUUGCAUGAUUAAGUACCGACUCAAUGUCUUUACAUUCCUACAAACCAGUACCAAUCUGUAUGGUUAUUUCCAAGAAACUAUUCAAAAAUGAUUAGGAUAUUAUUAUAAAAGUACAUGCCCAAUAAAAGAGCACUAACUAAAACAUUUUGGCAUGUGGUACCAGCAAGAGUUCCAAUAGCAAAGUCUUUCCUUUGUGCUGGAGUGAACAAAUCUGCGUUUACAUUUGGUUACCAUACAGUAUCAAAACUCAUGGGCUGAUUGUGAAUGCCUAAGUCGAGAAUCAGUGUUUAUUUUUAGAAAUGAACAUGCUCAGAUCUGCUUCUUUGUAAACCUUGGAUUCACACUGAAGUAAACUGUCCACUACCUCUCUUCUGCAGCCAGCUGCUUUUGGGACCGGUGAGCAUAAAUAACUCUGUGAGUCAGGGAUGAGUUUAGUGAGGCCAUACUAAGGGACCAGUGUAAAUUCAUGCAUGCGUGUACAGUAUGUUUACAGAUUCAAUAAAACACAGGGACACAAACUAACACACUCUGUAAAUAGAUAUGUUUUUGUAUAUACCAUCAUGUGGCCUUGUUUUGGAAUGAAUGUAGCUUGUAAAUAAAGACAUUUUUCUCUCAA